AGUGCAUCCAAGUUGCCCGAGGGCAUCUCAUCACCCCUCCCAGACCUGCAGACACGACAUAGACAUACCGCCGGCUGGCCGGCGUAUCCCCCCUCCUCGACAUCGACUCGUCUACUCUGCUCCACGUCGAUCCCAUCACCAUCUGUCCCCAUUACGACACUCCGUGACGCCUUCGGGUGACUGUAAACCACCUCGGCCCCACAUAUACACGGUGCCACGCCCAUCAUUUACGCACAAUAGCACGCCGCACAUUCGGUGUCUAGGUUAAUACAGAGUUGCAGUCAGUCACCUGCUACCCGCCACACUCGCAACCCAACGCAGCCUCAACACCUGCUCGCUGCCGCCAUCUUCCCACCACCACCACCACCAGACCCACACCCACCCUCCCUCAUCCACCACACCUUGCACGAUGCGUUCGACAACCAUCGGCCUUGAACUUGCAGGCCUCGUCCUCGAAGACGGGCGGCUCGAGCUCAAGUCCAUCCUGGGUGUCGGUGCGUACGGCGUCGUCUACCUCGCGCGUGACUGGAGUUCGCCCUGUCCUUGUCCCAAGGCCUGUCCGUGCCGCUCGUCCGUUGCCGGCGGCCCAAGCGCUCUCAUCCACCACCAUCAACCCCACCCUUUCCAGACAUGCCCGUGCGAAGCCGGAGGUGCCGUCGCCCACCUGCGUGCAGUCAAAUGCCUGUCGCGCACGGGUCUCGACGAACGCCAACGUACCUUCCAAAGGCGAGAGAUCGCGCUUCACAACAUUGCGAGCAACCACCCAAAUGUCGCCACCGUGUAUAGAGUAUUCGACGAGGGAGACUACACCUUCAUCGUCAUGGACUACUACCCCGGAGGAGAUCUGUUUGCCAUGAUUGCCGACCGCGGGAGAUACAUUGGCGACGAUGAGCUCGUCCGCUCCGUGUUCCUGCAGAUCAUUGAUGCCGUCGGCCACUGCCACGACAUGGGCAUCUACCACCGCGACCUCAAGCCAGAGAAUAUCCUGUGCUCUGCCGACGGGACAAAGGUAGUUCUCGCCGACUUUGGUCUCGCAACAACCGAGGCUUACAGCCGCGACUUUGGAUGCGGGUCAACAUUCUAUCUCUCGCCCGAGUGCCAGGGCGGACUCUUCGAGCCCGUCGACAGCUACUCGACGAUUCAGGCAGACCUCUGGUCCCUCGGCAUCAUCCUCGUCAACCUGGCGUGCGUCCGCAAUCCGUGGAAGCAAGCCACCCUCGAAGACGACACGUUCCGCGCCUAUGUCGACGACCCUUCGAUCCUUGCAAGAAUUCUCCCCCUCUCCGCCUCCACUGCCGACAUCUGUGCCGGUCUCUUCGCCCGCAACCCGGCGGACCGCAUCUCCCUGCGCCAGCUGCGCCAGAUGGUCAUCAACGCUCCCUCCUUCUCCGCUCCCCCACCCAUGCCCGUUCCCCCGCCCAUUCCGGCGCGCGCCAUGCCAGCCAAGCCAGCGCGGCCGCCACCAUCCAUUGCCUCCUCCCAUGCCUCCUCGUACCUCUCCCACUGGUCGUCGUCGUGCAUGUCCGAAUAUGUGCAGACGCCAUCGCCCGACAUGUCCGACAUGUACGGCUACCUCAUCGCACCACCACCCAGUCCCUACUCGCCCCACUUCCAGCACUACGCUGCUCCAUCGACAUUCAUCGCUCACCAGCCGGCGACACCAGCCGGAACUCCCGGCCUUGUCGGGCCCGAGGCUUUCGGCUUUGGGCGUGCGCCCAGCUCGGCGAGCUCGUCAGGAAGCCUUCCACCAACUCCCCAGCUCAGCCCCAUGCCUUUGCCACAGAUGCCCAGCCACCUCCACAGCCACACCCGCAAACAUCAGGGUGUGGGCGUCGAGUCGAUGGCCUACUUCACCAACCACAAGGCCGCUUAUGCCUAGAAUCAUAAUCGCACCGACCUGUACGACUCGCUGUCAACAUUGCCUCACUUACAGUGUAUCAUUAGACCUAGCCAUUUCCUUGUUGAUGCAUUCUAGUCAGCAUUUUCGCAAAU